AUGGACUCGGGCGAUGGCAUCCAAGCGCGCGCAGCCUCUCUGCGCAAGGAAGCGGCUCAGCGGUGGCUCGUGAAGGACGAGCUGGUGUUCCUGCUGCUGCACCACAAACUCGUGGGCGUGCCGGUGCUGCGCUCGCUGCAGCUGCGACCGCCAAGCGGCACGCUGCUGUUCUACAAUACGCUAGAGGUCUCGGACUACAAGAAGGACGGGUGGCACUGGCAGAAGCGAAAGGAUAAGAGCGGACGGGUUCGCGAGGACCGCGCGAAGCUCGUGAUCAACCGUGAAGUGAUCAUUCUGGGCACGUAUGUGCACUCAGCUGAGACGUCAACAUUCCAUCGGAGAAUCUACUCGGUGCGCGAUUCGAAGGAGAACAUCAUUCUCGUCCAUUACUUUGACGAGGUAAACAAGGAAACCGUGGGACGUCAGAUGUCGGCAGAUGUGUCCAAGAGCAGCGUGAAUAAGGGGGUGAAGCGGUCGUUGCCUGUUGCUAGUACCAACUCGACAAGCGCGAUACUGCCACUCAGGCAACCGAGCCCACCCAAGCCGUUGUCCUCUGAAGAGACGGUUGAAUCCAUCAUGAAAAACUGUUUUGAGAUGGACUUCGAGCCUCAGACGACAUCGUAUCAGCCUUCAGCAACCCACCUCUCUGAUACUGAUCUGCUGCUGCUGAAGGACAACGUCAUGGAAGGAAUUACCUCUGAGUUCGGGGCCGACGAUUUAUUUAACGACCUAGCUCCUGCUACGUCCCCGGAGACGGGUGUUUGUGGGCUUGGAGGUCAGCAGACAUUCGAGUUGGCUGAAAUUUCAGAUUUUUCACCGGACUGGGACUUUGGAGAUGGCGGAGCCAAGAUCUUGCUCUGUCUUGCAGCAAGGCUUCCGGAGAAAUCGGCUCAAGAUCCCACGAGACUCUUUGUGCAGUUUGGAGGCAAGCGAGUGCGCGCAGAAAAAGUCUCGGAUACCGUACUUCGGUGCACUGCUCCUAGCUCACGUGACCUCGGCAGCGUCGACAUCUUCGUGUGCCAUUUGGGUGGGCCAUCACAACAGACAUGCAUCCAGUUGUCCCACAAGAAGCAGUUUACGUAUCGAAGUCACUACCAGGUGUCUCCUUCACUUGUUGGUGAAAUUGCCAAAGAAAAACAGGAAAGGCUGUCUGGUUCUAAUAGGAACCUGUCUUCCUACGUCGAGUCGGAUUUGGACGAGCGGCAAUGCAAAAUUCGAGUGGUGGAGCGGUUGUCCGAAUUUCACCAAGCAAUACGAACAAAAGCAGCGGAACCUGCAGCUAAGGAUGCGGGAGCUCUGCCCAUUGCUUCCGGCCGUAGUAGCGUGGAGAAGAACAGAUCUGGAGCCGAGCACAACUCCUCCGCACGAGCUAUGCAGUCGUCUCCGGGGCUAUCAACUAGCCAAAUACAGCACACCAAUCAGGAAAAUCUGUCAGGCGAGGCUGCAGAAACUCCAAGUACGUUGGUAUCAUCCAGCGGAACGUCAAUUGCGUUGGACGACUGUACAAUUGAAGCAUUGAGCGACAACGACCUGGAACAACUCUCCGAGAAACUACUGGAGCGGGUAGUGCGCCAACUUGUUACAGUCGCGCACACGAGCGAAGAACUGCUGGAGGAGCUCAACUCGCUGGAUGAAACUGGUCUGAGCUUGCUGCACUACGUGAGCUUCUACAACUAUUCACAGUUGGUGCCGGUACUGGUUGCUCACGGAGCACACAUUAACCAGCAAAGCACUCAAGGCCAAACAGCACUUCACCUAGCAGCAGGAUGCGGUCACGAUGCAGUGGUUGAUGUGCUACUGCAAUCGGGAGCAGACUUACAAGUUCGCGAUUUUGAUGGGCUUACUGCUGCCGAUCGUGCUGAAAAAUCAGGUCACGCUGACGUUGCUGCUAAAUUGCACCGGCACAUGGGAGAUGAUACUUCUACGGAUAUGGGUGUUGUCGACGAGAUUUACGGGUUUGGAGGAUCACCGAUGGAGAUUGACGACGCCCCGACACCCUACAUGGAUGCUGGAGACAUGGGCCUUUUGGAAGGCAGUAGUCAUGUUGUCCCCACCGUACGCCCACCCCGUUCCCACUCAAACAGUUGCGAGAGUCCCUGCGAGGCAAGUUUAGCGUCUAAGGCAACAUCAUACGUGGGAGAAAACCAGGAGCACAAUCGGAAGCUCUUGCUGGGGGCUUUCUCGACCAUGAGUUUGCACGAUAAGUGUGCGCUUUCGUUGAGUAUCUCGCGAGACUCGGCUGGCCACCCUACCCGUCGUCGUGAAAGCAGCGUUGGAGACGAGAUUCUGGUUUCUCCCAGCAGCAGCACGGGGACGUCGGCAGGCUUCGGUUCGUCCCCAGCGAGCAUGGUCGGCAUGGACAGCAAUCUUGUCGGUGGCCGAUUGAUGCUAUCUGGAACAGAGAACGACUCCGAUGUUCAGAGUGUAAUUGCUGAGGAUGAGGAAGGCCUCAACAAGCUCCAAGCGGCUAUGGAGCUCAUGGGCCCAGAAGAAAGACAGUCGCUAGAAGACGAGGUGAAGGUUCUCCAGCACGGUAUCCGGGCGUGGUUGCUCAAGAGGAACUGUAAGAACAUGCGCGAAACGACCAAGCAACUGCGUGAAGCAACACAAACCAUCGAGGAUCAGCAAAAGCAGCAAGAGGCCGCAGACCACCGCUCCAUGGUGGCUAGCGAGUUGUCAGAGCGAGAGCGUGCCGCCGUAACUGUCCAGGCGGCCACGCGUAGUAUGCUCGCUCGCCGCAGCUUCUUGCAGACAAAACACGUUGCUAUCAAGUUCCAGGCUGCCACGCGCGGUGUGCUGUGCCGCAAAAACUUUGCGCGUAUGAAGGCCCAUGCACUAGCGUCGCUGGUCAUUCAGCGCAACGUCCGGGAGUGGUGGAACAAGCAACCCGCAGCUACACGACCAGGAAGUCUCGAUAAAGUCGCUGACGUCGAAGAAGAAGAUAGCACAGAAGAGAAAGCAGCGAUACCGCCAAACACUUACGAGCAAGCAUUGCAUAACGGAGGGCUGCGCAAUCCCCAGUAA